AUGCAGCAUGAGGGGGGGGGGGGAGACGCUACCAGAGCUCCAGGGAUCCGCUCCAACACCGGCUCCCCGCCUCGCUCCUUCCCCGCCCUACGGUGUCCUACAGCGGCCUGGCUAAAGCAGGAACAGCCGCUCUGCAGCAGCUCCGGGAGAAACAGGAGUUUUAUUCCGUCUGACAGUCAGAGACGACAGAGAGAUCCAGCUCCACCUCGAGGUCCAGCCACUCCGCAGCUCAGUUCCAGCUCCACCUCUAGGUCCAGCUCCACCUCGACGUCCAGCCACUCCGCAGCUCAGGUCCAGCUCCACCUCGAGGUCCAGCCACUCCGCAGCUCAGUUCCAGCUCCACCUCUAGGUCCAGCUCCACCUCGAGGUCCAGCCUCUCCCCAGCUCAGGUCCAGCUCCACCUCUAGGUCCAGCUCCACCUCGACGUCCAGCCACUCCGCAGCUCAGGUCCAGCUCCACCUCGAGAUCCAGCCACUCCCCAGCUCAGGUCCAGCUCCACCUCUAGGUCCAGCUCCACCUCGAGGUCCAGCCACUCCCCAGCUCAGGUCCAGCUCCACCUCUAGGUCCAGCUACUCCCCAUCUCUAGGUCUAGCUCCACCUCUAGGUCCAGCUACUCCCCAGCUCAGGUCCAGCUCCACCUCUAGGUCCAGCUCCACCUCAAGGUCCAGCUACUCCCCAUCUCUAGGUCUAGCUCCACCUCGAGGUCCAGCUCCACCUCUAGGUCCAGCCACUCCCCAGUUCGGGUCCAGCUCCACCUCGAGGUCCAGCUCCACCUCUAGGUCCAGCCACUCCCCAGCUCAGGUCCAGCUCAACCUCCAGGUCCAGCUCCACCUCCAGGUCCAGCCACUCCCCAGCUCAGGUCCAGCUCCACCUCCAGGUCCAGCUCCACCUCCAGGUCCAGCCACUCCCCAGCUCAGGUCCAGCUCCACCUCCAGGUCCAGCCAUUCCAGAUUCACAGAUUAG